AUGAACGCAUCCAACUUUCCCACUUCAAGUUGCGAUCCCUUCUACCCAUUCUACUUAAUGACCGAUGCCCCAGAGUGUAAUAUACACCCGCCUCCACCACCCGAUGUAAUGCCGAGUCCCGAUGUUCCAGGACACUGGACAGCCACUAGCGUCCCUCCUUAUGAUGGUUUCGUUCCUCCACAACCCCCACCACGGCCUACUUCGCAUCCCUCAAGCUUUAACCCAACUGCCUUCGCCUAUGCCCCCGUAUAUCCCCCGGAAGAGGGCUGCUUUGUUGGUGGUGGAGGUGGUGAUGCUAGUGGUGCGACCAUCGAAUCGGGUUAUCCCCUCUCCACAUCCUCUGAGCAACAAUCUGAUCAUCAAACGCCUUUCCUCAAGGAGCUGUCAACUGCCCCAUCGCCGACGCCGGCCCCGGCCCCACCCUCAAACGCAAAUGCCCCAGCCGAUAAACUUGAACCCUCACCACCCACGCCAAUUGAAGACAGUGCCAUUUCAAGCUUGCUCUUCGCUUCUGGCGAGACAGAUGCGAAACCAAGUGGUGAGCAGCCAAAACACCAAGAAUCGCUGACGGCUGGGGAGGAGUUUGUCACACCCACGGCAGUUGUUAGCCCGCAGUCUCAACAGGUCCAGCCCGAUGUAGCAGCUCCUCCGAUCGCCAAUUUGCUCACCUCACGCAAACGCCGGCGACAACCGUUUCUCGAAACCGUGCAAAAGUACGCGGACAAAUUGCAGCCCGUGGAUUGUGUGAUUAUGAUUGAGCGGUGUUAUCCUUUCUCGAAGAAUACACGCUUUAUGCAGUACUUCAAAUCGCAUUUUUUGCACAAAAUUUUGAGCGUGGUCAUCAAGUUACUAGCUCGUUCCGUCAGUUUCUUCCUCAGUAGCUCUGUAGGGGGUAUCUUUCCUCGGAGUGAUCUUAACGGCGGUCAUCCUCUGGACACGGACUACGGGCGUGACACUUGA